UCUCUCUCUCCACAUUACCAUAUUUUCAAAAGCAUCCAAAGUAAUUUUUACGCCUUUUGAGGCCUUGUCUCUCUUCCUACAUAUACCCUUCUUUGUCCCCAACCUUUUUCUUUUAUAUGGUAAUUUAAGAGGAUUGUGGGUGGGGUUCCUCAACUUCUCUCAACCACCAAGAAGGAGAAAGAAGAAUAUGGACGUUCGAUCCAGAAGAGCCAGAGAAACCAGUCCAGACAGGGUCAAAGUUUACAUGAUGCAGCAGCAGCAGCAGCAACAAAGGGUCAAACCCAUCAAAAAAGUCCAAGUUGUUUACUACCUCUCAAGAAAUGGCCAUCUCGAGCAUCCCCAUUACAUGGAAGUCACCCAUUUACCCAAUCAGCCUCUCCGUUUAAGAGAUGUAAUGGAACGGCUUACGGUGCUCAGAGGCAAAGGCAUGCCCUCCCUUUAUUCCUGGUCUUGCAAAAGGAGCUAUAAGAGCGGGUAUGUGUGGAACGAUUUGGCAGAGAAUGACAUAAUCUACCCGGCAGAAGGAGCUGAAUUUGUGCUUAAAGGCUCUGAACUUGUCGAAGGCUGCUCUGAGAGAUUCCAGCAGAUUCAAAUUAGCAACAUGCAAGAAAUUCAGCAAAUUCAAGAACCAAAUUAUCACUCGAAGCGAAAACAACUAGACCAAGAAUUUGAAGAAUACGAAGAAGGGGAAGAAUUCGAAGAUGGAGAAAAAAUAAGCUACACCAGCUCCACCACACCCCAGUCUCGCUGCUCCAGAGGGGUAUCCACCGACGAAAUCGAAGACAACGAGACCCGACAACCCGAAAUCCGGAAAAACCCGGCCGAGUUGUCUCUGAACGAGUCUUCCCCGCCAUCCACAAUAUCCUCCACAGACUCUGACAAAGCCAACCAAAGCAACAGCAAUUCCAAACGAGUCGUCGAAGACGGUGACCCGGUUGGCAGCCAGCGCGGCAACAACUCCAAACGAUUCGAAGCUGGCAACCCAGUUGCGAACGAGUCGGCACCUAGUCGGAACUCGGUCCUGCUCCAACUCAUUGCAUGCGGUGGCUCAGCGGCUGCGAAAUCAAAGAGCGCGCAGAGUCUGAGGCAACCGGUGGCUGUGAAGAAGAGUGACAGCCUUCACAGAGGGGUUCUAUGCAAGAGCGCGGUGAUGGUGGGGGAGGAGGAUAUGAUCAGAUACAUGUCUGAGAAUCCAAGGUUCGGGAAUUUGCAGGCGGAGGAGAAGGAGUACUUCAGUGGAAGCAUCGUUGAGUCCAUGAGUGAGGACCGAGUUGUGGCUGAGCCGGUGCUGAAGAGAUCCAACUCGUUCAAUGAAGAAAGGAGCAAGAGGGUAGGGCAGCUGGGAGAAGCAAUGGAGGAAGAGAAAAGGGAAAGAGCAGCAGUGAAAGGGAAAUGCCUUCCUCGUAAGAAAUCUUUCACUUCAAUGAAACAAGCCAAGAAAUGAUUUGUAAUUAUUAGUAUUAAUUAGGGUUUGUUUAGGGGUUGAGUCUUCAUAAUUAUGAGACCUGUCGGUGCUGUUGUUGAAAAGUUUCUACAACCUGGUAAAAAUCUUUGGGGUGGUUAGAAUUUGUUUGAAAAGGUGGUCCGAUUCUCUGUCCCCGUGGUUUGGUUGCAGAAAUUAUAGUCCCCAACUGUUUGUUUUUGAGUGCUUUAAUGUGGGCCGAGUUAUUUAUUAUAAAUACCACUAUUCUAAACCACAACAAUUCAAUACAUUUAUUUUCUAUUU